AUGACCACCCCCUCUGAGGGCAGGAGGGAGCCGCUGGGAGUCACAGAAAGCCUGUGGCCAUCAGAGCCCAUCACUUUGGGGCUGGAGACAUCUGCCCGGCAGCUGGUCCUGAAGAAGAUCCAGGACUUGUCCAUCUUGGGCCACCAAGACCCCUUCAUGGUGGCUGACUUGGAUGUGCUGGCCAGCCGACAUCAGACCUUCCUCCAGGCCCUGCCCCGAGUCCGGCCCUUCUACGCGGUCAAGUGUAACAAUAGGCCCAGCCUGCUGCUCGUUUUGGCUGCCCUGGGCACCGGCUUUGACUGUGCCAGCCAGGGGGAGCUGGAGCAGGUGCUGGGCUUGGGCGUGGCCCCCUCACGAAUCAUCUUCGCCAAUCCCUGCAAGGCCGUCUCCCACAUCCAGUACGCAGCCCGCUGUGGGGUGCAGCUUCUGACCUUCGACAGUGAGGAGGAGCUGACUAAGCUGGCCCGGCACCACCCUGGGGCUAGGUUGAUCCUCCGGAUACAGACCCUGGGGGGUCGAAGCACCUUCCCACUGCACACCAAGUUCGGAGCCCGUUUGUUGGCAUGUGGACGCCUGCUCCAAGUUGCCAGAGAGCUGGGGUUGGCUGUGGUGGGGGCCUCCUUCCACGUGGGUUCCGACUGCCACACACCCCAGAGCUACAGGCAGGCCAUCGCUGACUGCCAUCGUGUGUUUGAGAUGGGCUGCAAGGCUGGCCACCAAAUGAGCCUCCUGGAUCUUGGUGGGGGCUUCCCAGGAACUGAGGGCUCUGAAGCCAAAUUUGAGGAGAUGGCGAGAGUGGUCAACGCUGCCCUGGCCCAGUACUUCCCUGAGGGGACCGGUGUCGAGGUCAUUGCGGAGCCUGGCCGCUUCUAUGCAGAGUCCGUGUGUACAGCUGCGGUGAACAUCAUAGCCAAGAAGGCCUCCCUGGAGCCAGGAGGCCACAGGAAGCUGGCAUACUACCUCAAUGAGGGCCAUUAUGGUGCCUUCCGAAUCUUUCUCAGGGAUCCUGUCCCCAGGAUACCCAUAGUGGUAAAGGAGUUACCCUCGGAUCCCCAUCUCUUCCCCUGUACUCUUUAUGGCCCCACCUGCGAUGCCUUUGACCGGCUCUUUUCAACAGAGGUUCAGUUGCCAGAGCUGGAUGUGGGUGACUGGCUGGUUUUCCCUGACAUGGGUGCCUACUGUAGCACCAUGAGUUCCACCUUCAAUGGCUUCCCAAUCACAACUGUCUAUGAUGCCAUGAGCCCCCAACUCAGGAGCCUACUGGAGACAGUACCCUAA